AUGGUUUCCUUGGAUGACAUAGAUAUUAGAAGUGUAUGUUUAGAUGCUUCCAAGAGACCGAGAGAAGCGAUAGACAAGGAGAUAUCUGAUGUUGAGGCUAUCACAAACAAAUAUUUGAGUGAACCUUACUCAAUAUAUGUAUAUCGAUUUUUCAUCAACAACUGGCCAGACUUGACGCUGCUAGCCAUGCACCAGGAUCGAAUGGUGGGAAAUAUCAUUUGCAAAGUGGAGCCACAUAGAAACGUACGGAUCCGAGGUUAUAUUGGCAUGUUGUCAGUGGAACAUGAAUACAGGGGAUUAGGUAUCGCCAAGAAGUUAAUUGAAGAUGCCAUUAAUUUGAUGAUUGAAAAAUACAAAUGUGAUGAAAUUACGUUGGAAACAGAAGUAAUUAACAAGAAGGCACUGAGGCUAUAUGAAGACUAUGGAUUUAUCCGGAUCAAAAGAUUAUACAGAUAUUACAUGAACCGGCAUGAUGCGUACAGACUGGUGCUUCCUAUUACUGAAAGAUCAACCGUUUGUUCUUCACAACUACUUCCGUUGGAGAAUCUAGUUGAAACAAAGUAUUAA